GGGAAGUAGUACCGGUUAGUUUAGACUGGUUUAGUUCAGACAGUGGCGGUGACCGAGUCAGAAGUUCUUGCCAGCGUUCAUCGCGUUAAGACAUCUCUAGCAGACACAGGUCCAGCCAUGUCUCAGACGAAAGUUAAGGAUGCUGGCACUGCCUUCUUCAAGACACAGCAGAUGCCUGCUGCUAUGGCAGAUACCCUCUUGGAGCACUUGUGCCUGCUGGACAUCGACUCUGUGCCUUCAGUGACCCGCAACACGGGCAUCGUCUGCACAAUCGGACCUGUCUCUCGAUCUGUGGAGACAUCAAAGGAGAUGAUCAAGACGGGCAUGAACAUUGCCCGUAUGAACUUCUCCCACGGGUCUCACGAGUACCACGCCGAAACCAUCAAGAACGUACGUGAAGCCACAGAGAGUUUUGGACCUGGUACCAUUGAGUACCGACCUGUGGCCAUUGCCCUUGAUACCAAAGGUCCAGAGAUCAGAACGGGACUUAUUAAGGGCAGCGGCACUGAGGAGGUAAAGCUUGUCAAAGGUGAAAUGAUCAAGCUCACUCUGGAUGACAAGUUUAUGGACAACUGCGAUGAGAAGACGCUGUGGCUGGACUACAAAAAUAUCACCAAGGUGGUGCAGGAAGGCUUCCAUAUUUACAUAGACGAUGGUCUUAUAUCACUUAAAGUUAAAGAAAUUGGUUCUAAUUUCUUGAACUGCGAGAUUGAAAACGGAGGCAUCUUGGGGAGCAAGAAGGGAGUGAACCUCCCUGGCGCUAAAGUGGACCUGCCCGCUGUGUCUGAGAAGGACAUAAAGGACCUUCAGUUUGGCGUGGAGCAGGGUGUAGACAUGGUGUUUGCCUCCUUCAUCCGCAAGGCUGCUGACGUGCAUGCUGUCAAGCAGGUGCUCGGGGAAAAAGGCAAGAACAUUCUCAUCAUCAGCAAGCUGGAGAACCAUGAGGGUGUGCAAAAAUUUGAUGAGAUCCUGGAGGCUAGCGAUGGCAUCAUGGUCGCUCGUGGCGAUCUUGGUAUUGAGAUCCCUACUGAGAAGGUGUUCCUGGCACAGAAAAUGAUGAUAAGCCGUUGCAACAGAAUCGGCAAGCCCAUCAUCUGCGCCACACAGAUGCUGGAAAGCAUGACCAAGAAGCCCCGUCCAACCCGUGCGGAGAGUAGCGACGUGGCCAAUGCUGUGCUUGAUGGUGCAGACUGCAUCAUGCUGAGUGGAGAGACGGCCAAGGGAGACUAUCCUCUGGAGGCUGUGCACAUGCAACAUCUGAUCGCCCGUGAAGCCGAAGCCGCAAUGUUCCACAGACAAAUGUUUGAGGAACUCCGCCGCACCUCCCACCUGACCCGCGACCCGACCGAAUCCGUGGCCAUUGGGGCUGUGGAGGCCUCUUUUAAGUGCUGCGCCAGCGCCAUCCUUGUGCUCACCAAGACUGGCAGGUCUGCCCAACUGCUGUCCAGGUACAGGCCACGUGCACCCAUCAUGGCCGUGACCCGUGAGGGACAGACAGCCCGACAGCUGCACCUGUAUCGGGGCGUCAUCCCCAUCCUCUACAACAAGCCCGCCCAUGAUGUCUGGGCUGAGGAUGUGGAUCAACGUGUUUCCUUCUCUCUGGAGUUGGGCAAAGCCCGGAAUUACUUCAAGUCCGGUGACGUUCUGAUCGUGGUUACAGGUUGGCGUCCAGGCUCUGGUUACUCCAACACUAUGCGUAUUGUUCUGGUGCCUUGAGCUCAACCUCAUGGACAAUAGCCUACCCAUCCCCAAGUAUCUUUCGUCACACUCCGUCACAGAGCUCCUUUAACCUUUUCCAUCCCUGCUGUGAAUCUUCUUCAUGAGUCGUUUUAAAGACACAUUUUUGUUAUCUGAAGUAUAAUAACAUUAAGUUGUUUUCCCUGUACCUUUUUUGUGUUUGUUUCUGUUUUGAAAAGAAUUAAACAGUGGAUCGUUUUAAAAGGUC